UUACCGGUCGGUGAUAGAGGAAAAAUUUCCCCUAUAUAAAACACGCAUCACUGAUAGCUAUCCAUUAUUAGUUUGAUGCAAUAAUAUUACUGCUUGAAUUAGUAGACCUUCAGGAGACUUUUGCAUUUUUUUUUAAAAAAGCGCAUCAAAAUGCCAGCAGAAAUCAGGCAAGCAAUGAUGGAAUACUGGAAAGAGCAUUCAAAAGAAGGCUCAGUGAAUGAGAUGAUGUUAGACACAUGUGCUGAAGAGCUAACCAAAGAAGAACUUCCAGAGAUUCUGUCUUACUUGCCAGAUUUCACUGGGAAAGUUGUUGUUGAGCUUGGUGCUGGCAUAGGACGCUUUACAGCAGAGCUGGCCAAAAAAGCAGAGAGGGUUGUUGCUGUGGACUUUAUGGAAGACUUUGUUGAAAAGAAUAAGAAGGAAAACUAUCACAUGGGAAACAUUGAAUUUGUUGUUGCUGAUGUUACUAAAAUGGAAAGACCUAAGGAAAGUGUGGAUAUGAUUUUCUCCAACUGGCUCCUAAUGUAUUUGGAAGAUAGGGAGGUGCAAGAUUUGUUUGGUAAAUUGUUGACAUGGUUAAGACCAGGUGGACAUCUAUUUAUCAGGGAAUCAUGCAGGCACCAAUCAGGUGACAAAGAUAGAGGGGUGAACCCAACACAGUACAGACAGCCUGAGCUGUAUGAAGCAUAUUACUCCUCUGUCACCAUUCCUUGUGACAAAAAUAACUUCUAUGGAUUUGAUCUUGUUGUUUCUAAAUCUGUGCACACAUACAUUAAGAGAAAAAAUAACAACAACCAAAUGUUGUGGCUGCUAGAGAAAGCAAAGAAGGAUAACUCUAGAAAUCAUGGCUUCAAGAGUUUCAGAGAGUUUCUUGACAUGCAGCAGUACUCUACAAGAGGUAUUCUCCUGUACGAAAAAAUUUACGGCAGAGCUUUUGUCAGUACAGGUGGCUUAGAAACAACAAAGGAAUUUGUGGAGUUGUUGAAUCUUCAGAAGGGACAAAAAGUUUUGGAUGUUGGUGGUGGUAUUGGCGGCAGUGCAUUUUAUAUGGCAAAGAAUUACAACGUGAAGGUAACCAUCAUAGACCUGUCAUCUAACAUGACCCACAUUGGACUGGACAGAGCCCAGGAAGUGGGCGUUGGUCCUGACCAAGUUGUCUUUGAGGUAGCAGACGCAACAAGGAGAGAGUACCCAGCAGAAUCAUUUGAUGUCAUAUACAGUCGUGAUGUCAUUCUCCACAUUGCCGACAAGCUCGCAUUGUUUAAAAAAUUCUUUAAAUUCUUAAAGCCUGGAGGAAAAGUUCUUAUUUCUGAUUACUGCUGUAGCCCUGAUGAGCAUUGUGAAAAGUUCAAGGCUUAUGUUGAACAGAGAGGCUACAACCUUCUGUCUCCUGCAGCUUAUGGAAAAGUUCUGGAGGAGGCAGGAUUUGUUAAUGUGAGAGCUGAGGACAGAACCCAACAGUUCGCUGACAGUCUGAACACAGAGAUUGCCAGAGCAGAGAGCAUCAAGGACGAAUUUUUAAAUGAAUUUGAUGAAGAGGGAUACAGGUCUAUUGUGGAUGGAUGGAAAGAAAAACAGGAUAGAGUAAGGCUGGGAGACCAACGCUGGGGACUUUUUUAUGCUGAGAAACCUUGAGUACUUUGUAAACACUUGCCAAAAUUUGAGUGAACAACAACAAAAACAAAUCAAUGAAUCAUCGUUAAUAUAAGUUGUUAAAAGCACACAAAAAGUUAAUAACACACAAAAAAUCCAGUGGUUGUAAAUAAAACAUCCUUACAAGUGCCACUAUGUUUUUAUAUUAGAUUGUUUUAGGCACUCCACUAUUGUAUUUGGCAAUCAGCUUUCUACUUGUAUGCAACCCAAUUUGUAUUCUGUCUAUAGACAGCUGCUUUGUGAUGAAUGAAUGCAAGCGUAGUAGGAACAUUUUUGAACUGUGUAACCUUAUAAUUACAUUUCAUAAAAAUCUGAUAAAUGAAAUGCUUGUCUGCAACUGAAAGAAAUAAUAUAUUUGUAAGCAGUGUACAAAAGAUCACGUUAGUAUGUUGUUAGUUGAUUUCUUAAAAUAUAGAACGGGUAUUGUGUCAAAUAUUUUUUUAAAACUCAGGUUCCAUCAUCAUUUGCUCCUGAUGUGUCAUAGCUAGUUCAUUAAUGAAAUUUUUUUUCUAUUUAAAAAGUGUUCAAGAUUAUAUUCUCAUGCUCUGUUCUUGAAGUUUAGCCUGAAUUAUUUGAAAAUACUUCUAUUAAGUAGUAGCUAUUUUUAUAAUACCAAAAAAUGAUAUUUUAAAUAAAAAUAUUGCUGUUUAAGCCAGUCCAUUUAAUGUAGAUGCUAUUCAUUUUUUAAAGGCAUUUAAACUGAUUUAAUAAUCAAACAUUUGUAUUUUAUGUUAAAUACCUGUAGAUAUGUACAUUUAUUAAUAGUAUUUUUAUUGUAAAUUUUUGU